AUGGCGACGGAGUCGAGCGGAGCUGGUUCCGCGCUAGCUUUUCUCGCGUUUUUCGCGUUUUUCACGCCGUUUUCGGGCCUCUGGACCGGGGCGGAGGCGGCCUCCCUCGCCGGGGACGCGACCCGGAUCCUCGGCAUGCGGCUGGAGACCAGCACCCGGCCCGCGGAGACCACCCCCCGGGGGGUCAUCCAGGUGACCGAGGGCAGCGACGCCGUUCUCCGGUUCUACGGGCUCCACCUGCGGCCCAACAGCUCCGAGCUGGUCCGGUUCGCGGAGCUCUUCACCGGGGCGGAAAUGGACGACGACGACCACGGAGCGGUCCCCGUCCCGGUCCCGGAAAACGGCACCUGCCCGGAGCUCUCCAAGGAGGUGGCGGUGAGCGGACCCAUGAACGUCUCCGGCACCGACCGGAACACGUCCGGGUCCGUGGGCAUCCGGAUAAAGCAGCUCCGGAAGGGGGAGGCGGUGAAGGUUUUCGGCCUCUGCGUGCGGGACCCGGUGGAGGAGAAGCGGUGGCUCCUUCUGGAGGGCAGGGACGGCCGGCUGCGGGUGGUGGAGGAGGAGCGGUCCCUCUUGCCCGUGUGGCUCCAGGUGAUCCUCAUCUCUUUCCUCCUGGUGCUUUCGGGCAUGUUCAGCGGACUCAACCUGGGCCUGAUGGCGCUGGACCCCAUGGAGCUCCGCAUCGUGCAGAGCUGCGGAACCGACAAGGAGAAGCGGUACGCCCGCAAGAUCGAGCCCAUCCGCCGGAAGGGGAACUACCUGCUGUGCUCCCUGCUAUUGGGCAACGUAUUGGUCAACACCACGCUCACCAUCCUAUUGGACGACCUGACCAAGUCCGGGAUCGGGGCCGUGGUGGCGUCCACCGUGGGCAUCGUGAUCUUCGGGGAGAUCGUGCCCCAGGCUCUGUGUUCCCGCCACGGAUUGGCCGUGGGGGCCAACACCAUCAUGGUCACCAAGCUCUUCAUGCUGCUCACUUUCCCGCUCUCCUGGCCCAUCAGCAAGAUCCUGGACUGCGUCCUGGGGCAGGAGAUCGGGACCGUCUACAACCGGGAGAAGCUGGUGGAGAUGCUCAAAGUCACGGAGCCCUACAACGAUCUGGUCAAGGAGGAGCUGAACAUGAUCCAGGGGGCGCUGGAGUUGAGGACCAAGACGGUGGAGGACGUGAUGACGCCCAUCAAGGACUGCUUCAUGAUCCACAGCGACGCGGUGCUGGACUUCAACACCAUGUCGGAGAUCAUGGAGAGCGGCUACACGCGGAUCCCCGUGUACGACGACGAGCGCUCAAACAUCGUGGACAUCCUCUACGUCAAGGACCUGGCCUUCGUGGACCCGGACGACUGCACCACGCUCAAGACCAUCACCAAGUUCUACAACCACCCCGUCCACUUCGUGUUCCACGACACCAAGCUGGACUCCAUGUUGGAGGAGUUCAAGAAAGCAAAAUCACUCAACAAAGCAGAAGCUUUUAAAGCCUUUUAA